GCGGGGUUUCCACCGUAAGAGCGAACAGAGGGGCUUAAGUUCUUCGUCUGCAAUGAGCGGCGAAGACCAUAUUGAAGGGUCUGUUGAGGACUGGAACUACUUUUCCCGACUCUCUCUGCGACUUAGGCGGAAGCGAGAAAAAGUAUUGAAAAGUUGCCUGGCAAUUUGGAGAAAGUACUAUGUUUAAAGAAAAUAUUCAAAAAGAGCAAGCACAUCCAUUUCCUUUCUCCAUCUAUUAAGGUGUGCUUCCAAGUAGCACUGAGAUGCCUACAGUUCCAUUUCUCCCAUAUUCAAUCCUUGUGGGAAAUCUGGCUAUUUUGUGUUUGGGGCUUACAAUAUACUGGAGUCAGCACUGGCUUCGCGGCUUUGCCUGGGAUGGUUCUCACAAGAUGUUUAAUUGGCACCCAGUUCUCAUGGUGACAGGCAUGGUGAUCUUAUAUGGUGCAGCAGCCUUGGUGUACCGUUUGCCCUUUUCUCAAGUGGGUUCCAAGCUCCCUUGGAAGGUGCUGCAUGCAACACUUGCUCUGACAGCAUUUAUUUUUGCCAUUCUGGGAUUGGAGGCUGUCUUCAGGUUUCACAAUGUGCAGAAAAUCCCCAACAUGUACUCUCUACACAGCUGGCUUGGGCUCUCUGCUGUGCUACUUUUUUCAUGCCAGUGGUUAAUGGGGCUUGCUUCUUUUUUGUUGCCUUGGACGCCCAUCUGGUUCCGAGCCCUCUACAAACCUGUCCAUGUUUUCUUUGGUUCUAUCAUCCUUGGUUUGGCUAUUGCAUCCUGCAUCUCAGGCAUUAAUGAAAAGUUAUUCAUGAAAUUAAAAAAUUCAACAAUACCAUAUUCCAAGCUUCCUGCAGAGGCUUGGUUUGCCAACAUUCUGGGAAUGUUGAUCUUGGUGUUUGGAUUGUUAGUGUUGUUGGGUCUUGCCAUACCAGGAUGGAAACGUCCAGAUGUGAAUUCACAAGACAUUCGAGAGCCUCUGUUACGAGAAGCCAGAUGAAGAAUUAAAGAACAGCUGUGCAGUUUACUUCCUCUAAGAGUUUUUUCAUUGAGGUUUGCAGCCUUACUUGCUGCUGUUCUCAUCAGUACAGGAGCUCACAUCAUGAACUAAUUCAAUAAGAGAAGACUUUUCUGGUAACAGACAUUCAAAUUUGUUCCUGAGUCUGAUUUUUAAACUUCAAAUGUUUGUACUGUCAAGGAUUGCUGGACAUUCAACCACAUUUGAACAAAUCCGUUUGCUAAAGUGCCAUAAAGUUCACAGAUUUUUGUGCUUUUCUAUAGCCAAUUAAAAUCCCAAAUAAUCAAAGAAAAGCUGCCUUUUUUCCUGAUACUUGGGUGAAAGGAUGUUCUACAGCAGAUAUUUUGUGUAAGUUCAGAGCUGCGUUAUUUUUUAAUGGAAUGUGAUCUAAUUUUCUGUGUUUUUUAAUAUGAAUCUGUUCAGAUUCCACAUAUUAUAGAACAUAGUUUGUUAGCUUUGAUUUAACAUGUUAGGUGAAGCCAGUAUAGAGGGCCUCAGCCUUCUCUUGAUUGAAAGAGAAAAGCUUUCAUUUUGUUCAGUAAUACAUCAGAUAGACAGCCAAAUCUUUUACCAAUUCACCCACAUAAGUUGUGUUUAUAUAACAUUUCAAGCCAUAAUUUGUUUAAUGGUGAUUUACCAAAUAAACAAAUGACUGGGUUCCCAUAAAAUCUUAACCCCUGGUUUACAAAACACAUUACCUAGAUUUAUAUGAUUGGGCAAAUAAGCAAACCAAAUGUGGCACAGUGCAAUAGUUUGUAAAGAUUUUGGACUUGGGACCACUUUAAUUUGUUAAAAAUGAUCGAAGUCCCCAAAGAACUUGGGUUUAUAUGGAUUAUAUCUAUCAAUAGUUACUGCGUUAGAAAUUAAAACUGAGAAAUUUUAAGAUAUUUGAUUUUGUGGAUCCCUGAUUACACUUAGAAAACUGCUGGUGUAAUGUAUUAUGCAACUACUUUGUUACCUUUUCAUGGUUUCUAUUUACUUGGAAUCAAUGGAAAUAUUUUUUCCAACUUUUUUCAUUUGAUUACUGUAAACACUUCUGAUCUAAAGAAAACACUGAGAUUUCAUGGGCUAUAAUUAGGUAUUCACACAUGCUAAUUAAAUAUUUUUUUAAAAAAAUAUUUGGAGUUUUUUCAAAUGGUCCAAAACCUGAACUACCUAUUUCCCACCAAUACAGUUCUUCUGUAUCUAUUUGUGUCAGUGAAACAUAAUCUUAUUUUUGUGUUAACAGUACUGUGGCUACUGAAAUUCACAUGUAGUUGAUGACAAAACAUAAUCAUUAGUUAGCUUUAAAAUGCCUCCUUUGCAACAAAUUUAUUCUCAGAAUAGACUUUGUCCAUUUGUGAGGGUGAAGAGUAUACAUAUAAUAAUGUCUGAAACACUUGUCUUACAAUCAUGUGACUCUAUAGUUAAGUUUACUUUUUUCUGAGAGCUACAAUCUAAUCACCUUAUUUUAAGCCAUCUUUCAUUAGAGUUUAAAUAUGAGACUUUGCAUUGGAUCACAUGUCUAGUCUAACAAGAUACAUCACCUUAUAUGCUGUCACGAGAUUAAAUCUUAUUUAGAAAAAAUAAUAAUGGAUCCUUGAUGCCUUUCUUAUUUCUAAUAAUGUGAAAAUUGAGCCGUUUUCUUAUCUGUGCUAAAUCGCUUAAUAAUGCUAAUAAAAGAUUAUGCUGUUCUUCAUAAACAA